AUAGACAUCUUUCUUGCCAAGAUAAAAAGUUCACUACCUCAGAGGGCAAAGGAGAUCAUUGGACGGCGCCACCAGGUGUACUGAGCCUACAUGUACUGAUUUGGAUUGAACAGACCAGCAGUGAUGCAGGUGCAGCAGUGGACGUUACAAUAUUAGCUGAAGAGGGUGCUUAGAUCUAUUGGUGCCUUUGGUGGAGAAAGACUCAAAGAGAGAGAAGAGAGAGGGAGAGGAGAAGACAUGGGGAAGUUAAAGCAGGCAGGACAGCAGAUCACUGCAGGAGGCUCUGCAGGUCUUGUUGAGGUCAGCAUUAUGCACCCACUUGAUGUCAUCAAAACAAGGUUUCAGAUCCAAGGUGCACCUAACAGCACAAUGAAGUACAAUGGAAUGUGGGAUUGUGUCCGACAGAUGACCAAAAAAGAAGGAACCAUGUCUCUCUACAAAGGCAUAUUGCCUCCCAUUAUGGCAGAGACCCCCAAGAGGGCUACAAAGUUCUUCACUUUUGAGCAGUACAAGAACUUUUUCCUGUUUGGGAGUCCCACACCAACUGCACUGACCUUCACACUUGCAGGGCUCUGUUCAGGUUUGACAGAGGGAGUACUUAUCAACCCGUUUGAAGUGGUCAAAGUUAGAUUACAGGCUGAUCAAAACACAUUUAAAAAGCAACCAAGUGCCUUUGGAAUGGCCAGGCAUGUGAUAAGAACAGAUGGCUAUGGAUCCGAUGGUCUAUUCAGAGGUCUUACUGCUACCCUGGGUAGACAUGGUGUCUUUAAUAUGAUCUACUUUAGCUUCUAUCACAACAUCAAGGAUUUAAUACCAGCCUCACAGGAUCCACGACUAGAGUUCGGACGCAAGUUUGCGAUCGGCUUGCUGGCAGGUUGUCUAGGGUCUACAGUCAAUAUACCAUUUGAUGUUGCAAAGAGUAGGAUACAAGGACCACAGCCUGUGCCAGGAGAAGUCAAAUAUAAAGGAUGCUUCAGAACGAUAUCUAUGGUGUAUCGGGAAGAAGGAUUCCUUGCUCUUUAUCGAGGCCUUCUGCCCAAGAUCAUGCGCCUUGGACCAGGCGGUGCUAUCAUGCUGCUGGUAUAUGACCAUGUUUAUACUUGGCUCCAGGAGCACACAUAAUUAACAUGAGCAUCAAUGAAGGGUUUGUUAACACUCAGGCAAAGUCUUCACAUGGCUUCCAGUAGUAUAAUGGUUGACAGAAAACUGUGAUGAUUUUUAAUUCUGUAGCUGUAUGCAAGAGUUUGUCUUUCUAUGGCGAUGUUUCGUGUCCGUUGAUGUCUACCUCAAUUUACUUAGUAGACGUUGAUUAUUUUACUCAACCGAAAUAUAUGUGUGACUGCCUUUACAAAUGGUACUGCCAUUUCUUGAUGGAACAUGGUCAUGCUGUAGUUGCCACCUACAAUAUUCUCCUCCUGUACAGUGCAGAUCACAUCAUGAUUUAAACAUUUUACUGGCUUUGUUCGACCAAUGGAACAAACGAUGGACAAAACAACUUUUGUCACAUGCACAGUGAACACGUACAGUUUACUAUGUAACAAUGUAGCAGUCUAGUGAUUUUGAUCAAUGGCAAAUAAAUGAUUGAAUAUCCCUAUGUGCUUCCAAAAGAGCUCUAAAAAUUGAGUCUGGCAUUAACUAAUUGUAAUUCCAAUCAUAAAUAUCUUGAUAAUCAGACAGGUGAUCGGCUUGUAAAAUUCAUGGGGUUCCUGACUGACCUAAAGGUUUAUAAUUAUCAUUGCAGCAUGAGCUAAAUUCAGAAAUUUGUUUCAGAAUUAUUUGAGACAAAGUAACUGGAUCCCUUUAAUGAGUGUGUCAAAAGAAGAUUAAUAUCUGACUUGGGUCAGGUCGAUAAAAAGCAUAAUUGUCAUUUUUAACUGUAAUAUCUACUAACUUAGUACCCUGUGGGACAUUCUAUUAGUGACAAUCACUGUUUCUGUACAUGAAGUGGCUCUUUAAAUGUCUUCAUGUAUGUACAAUAUUUAUCUGUAAUAAUUUUAUGCUGGUUAAAAAUGCAUAAACUUGUCAACCCAUUCAGCACUUUGUGAUAAGAUGCAAUGCACAAAAUGGAUUGAAUUUAGAUACCUCAUUCCACUUCCAAUUGUCUUGUUUAAACGUGAAUUAUUUUGUGUGCAGUGAGUGUUAGAUUUGAAUUUGUCUGCCGUGUUUAUGAAAAGUACAAGAAAAUCAUGUGAAAUAAGCAGUUACUAUGAUUGUACUUGUCAUCCUAUGUAUACUUAUUAACAAGAACAUAUGUGUAUUAAAUAUACAGAUGCGAAUAUAUAUUCAAAUGCUGCAACAGUCAAAAUUGCGUAUAUUUGUAUGUAAAAGACAUAUUUCUCUUUUAUAGUAAGAGGUCGUUGUCUUGCAGCUAAAGAACGGUGUCACCGUCCAAAGAAUGAUAUAACUCUUCUGCCAAGCUUGUUGGUAAAUUCAAGAGUCCCCUAUUAUAUAGGUCAGGUGUGAUAUUGAAAGAGAUAAACUGACUUAUAAAUGCUGUACUUUAUGUUCCAAGUUUCAUAAGUAGAUCAAGUUUACCUUGCCAACACGGAUAAAGAAUGAAUUUGUAGUAUUAUACACUGCCAGUGAUUGUCUCUUGUAAGUGUGUGCUAGGUCUACUGAUUAUUCCAGAUAUCACUUGUGAUAUAAUUAUAUAGAUGAUAAUUUAUUGCAUUUCUAUUACAUUUACACACUUUCAAUCCCUAAUUUUUUAGAAAUAUGUGUCUUUAAACUUUCAGAGCAUUUAUUUAGAAAUCUGUGUCUUUAAAGACAUAUUUCUAAAGCUGUAAUAUGAGACACAAAGCAUGAAAAAUCAUGUUACUCAAUGAAAAAA